AUGUCAACAAUGGAAUUAGCUAAAGCAAUACCCUCACGCAGUCUUUCGCAGACUGAUACGGCUGUGAAUGAUGAUGAUAAUGAUAACUCUGAUAUACAAGAACAACAACGAAUAUAUGAUUUAAAUACAUUACGACAUUUUCUAUUGACAUCAAAUGCUGAACAACGGGCUGCCAGACGAAAACAACAAGAAGUUGUUAAACAAGAACUAAUCCGUGAAUAUCUUCAAUCAUUAUCUGAUCAAGAUUCUAAUCGAUUUCAAGAAAUAAAAAAACGCUUCAAGACCUACUGUAACUCCUAUGAAGAUCUAAUGAAUUCCAAUUGGGCAGCAUGCGGCUAA